CAAAAUAUAAACAAAAAUAUUAAACUAAGCAGGCUAUUGAAAAUUCUAUAAUUGUUUAUUGUUUGUGUGUGUGCUUUUGUUAUUUAUUUCUUUACAGAUGCUUUCAUUACGUUCGUUAUCUGUGAUAGUCUUCUCAUGUGUUCACUUGAUUUAUGGCCAAUUAUCUGAUUUUUCCCGAUCCUAUGAUGCUGAUUCAAUGCCGCUCGACUUUGUCUAUCAUAAUCAUGAAGAGAUGACAAAUUAUCUUCGACAAACAGCUUUUCGUUAUCCUAAUCUUACCGCUCUCUACUCAAUAGGAAAAUCUGUGCAAGGACGAGAUUUAUGGGUCAUGGUGGUUUCUGCAUCGCCUUAUGAACACAUGUUGGGUAAACCCGAUGUCAAAUACAUUGGCAACAUUCAUGGUAACGAGCCCGUUGGACGUGAAAUGCUACUUCAUUUAAUUCAGUAUUUUGUCACAAGCUACGAAAGCGAUCCUUAUAUCAAAUGGCUUUUAGAUAACACACGUAUUCAUAUAAUGCCAUCCAUGAAUCCCGACGGCUAUGCUGCUUCGAGAGAAGGUGAAUGUGAGGGUGGAAAAGGAAGAGCUAACUCCAAAGGCUAUGACUUGAAUAGAAAUUUUCCAGACGUCUUCAAGCAGAAUGCAAAGCGAACUCAACCAGAAACUGAAGCGGUUAAAGAUUGGAUUUCGAAAAUUCAAUUUUUGUUGAGUGGAUCAUUACAUGGCGGUGCUUUGGUCGCCAGCUACCCUUACGAUAACACUCCAAAUGCCAUUUUCCAAUCGUUUGCUUCGACUCCAUCUUUAACACCCGAUGACGACGUCUUUAAACAUCUCUCACUGGUUUAUGCUAGCAACCAUGCUAAGAUGUCUCGUGGUGUUGCGUGUAAAAACACUGCAAGCACUCCUUCAUUUAUGAACGGAAUAACUAAUGGCGCUGCUUGGUAUCCGUUGACUGGUGGCAUGCAAGACUUUAACUACGUGUGGUACGGAUGUUACGAAGUCACUCUAGAAAUAUCAUGCUGUAAAUUCCCGCCAGCACAUGAACUCAAAAAGUAUUGGACCGAUAAUCAACUGUCAAUGGUGAAGUUUUUAGCUGAAGCACAUCGUGGAGUUCAAGGUUUUGUAACUGAUCAGAAUGGUGUUCCGAUUGAGAAAGCUUCCUUAAAGAUUAAGGGUCGUGAUGUUGGUUUUCAAACAACCAAAUAUGGAGAAUUUUGGAGAAUUCUUCUCCCUGGCGUCUACAAACUUGAGGUUUAUGCCGAAGGUUUCUCCCCACGCGAAAUUGAAUUCAUGGUGGUUGAUCAACAUCCGACAUUGUUGAAUGUGACUUUAACUCCUGCCAAGCUUCAUAAAACGAAACCAGGAGCAUAUGAAUUUGUCAAAAUUCCUGCACCAAAUCAAACUCAAAGCACGAACUUCAACAUUGCUGCAUCACCUCUCGAUGUGACCUCUCAACCUUGUGCAACGUGCAAUGCUUCUCCUGGUGAUCGUCCCAUCUCUCGACCGAUUAUCGGCUUACAAUCACAGUAUCGACCUCAACAGGUUCCUGCCCCAGCUGGCACCAAUGACGGCAUUUUCUCAUCUCUGUCAACCGGAUUGUCAAGCAUUGUUAACACAAUAUUUGGUUAAAUAAACAUCUGCAACAUCAAGUUGAUGAGUUAACCAGUUUGUGCAUCAGCAGCCAAAUGAAAAAGUUUCAUUCACAACAUACCCUUUAAUGAAAAUCCACCGAAGAUUUAUCAGAAAAUAUUUAUAUUUAUUACAUUAUCCUAUUCUUUGAUGCAAGAGACGAGACGAUACGAGAUGCUAAGCUAGGAUACAAUAUAAAGCAUGUAGUUAAGCACACGACAGAUUGAAUUAUGUUCAAACAUAACAUGAUACACAAUCAUGCGUAUGCGUCGUCAAACUCUCCUUCCUUUAUCUCAUGUCACUUCCGUUCUCUGUCAUGUCUUCAUAAAUCACAUUAAUAUUUUUUUCUUGUGAGAUAUCUCAGAAGCCUUUGUGAAUCUAAUUUGGCGAGUAAACUGUUUGUAUUGUUAUUAGCAUAAUUAUAAGCAACAUAAAUUAAUGUUCAUGAAAAAUAAAAGAAGAAGAAAAAUAUGAUUUCAAAAGCUUAUUUUCAUCAUCAUUUGAAGAAGUAUUUAAAAUGGAGAAAUAAAUGUCUAAAAUUAAA